CGGAAGGGCUGCUGAGCGCUGGGAACUGUGGGUUGCUUCCUGAGGUGCAUUGUGGGAGAAGCGCUGUCGUCGCGGUGUUGUUGUUGGUUCCUGAGUUCCUGCUGGCGUUAAAAGGACGCGGACAAAAUGCCGGAGCGAGAUAGCGAGCCGUUUUCCAAUCCUUUGGCCCCAGAUGGCCACGAUGUGGACGAUCCUCACUCCUUCCACCAAUCUAAGCUCACCAAUGAAGAUUUCAGAAAACUUCUCAUGACCCCAAGGGCUGCACCUACCUCUGCACCACCCUCUAAAUCACGUCACCAUGAGAUGCCAAGGGAGUAUAAUGAGGAUGAGGAUCCAGCUGCGCGGAGGAGAAAGAAGAAAAGUUAUUAUGCAAAACUUCGCCAGCAAGAAAUUGAGAGAGAGCGAGAGCUAGCAGAGAAAUACCGGGACCGGGCCAAGGAACGAAGAGAUGGUGUGAACAAAGAUUAUGAAGAAACUGAGCUGAUCAGCACCACGGCAAACUACAGGGCCGUGGGCCCCACUGCUGAGGCAGACAAAUCAGCUGCAGAGAAAAGAAGACAGUUGAUCCAGGAGUCCAAGUUCUUGGGUGGUGACAUGGAACAUACCCAUUUGGUGAAAGGCUUGGAUUUUGCUCUGCUUCAGAAGGUACGAGCUGAGAUUGCCAGCAAGGAGAAAGAGGAGGAAGAACUGAUGGAAAAGCCCCAGAAGGAAACCAAGAAAGAUGAGGACCCUGAAAACAAAAUUGAAUUUAAAACACGUUUAGGCCGAAAUGUUUACCGUAUGCUCUUCAAGAGCAAAGCGUACGAACGGAACGAGCUGUUCCUGCCGGGCCGCAUGGCCUAUGUGGUGGACUUGGAUGAUGAGUAUGCGGACACGGACAUCCCCACCACUCUUAUCCGAAGCAAGGCUGAUUGCCCCACCAUGGAGGCCCAGACCACACUGACAACAAAUGACAUUGUUAUCAGCAAGCUCACACAGAUUCUUUCCUACUUGAGGCAGGGUACCCGUAACAAGAAGCUCAAGAAGAAAGAUAAAGGGAAGCUGGAAGAGAAGAAGCCUCCCGAGGCUGACAUGAAUAUAUUUGAAGACAUUGGAGAUUAUGUACCUUCUACAACCAAGACACCACGGGACAAGGAGCGGGAAAGAUACCGAGAACGGGAACGUGAUCGUGAAAGGGACAGAGACCGGGACAGAGAGCGGGAGAGGGAACGAGAACGGGAGCGAGAACGGGAGCGGGAUCGCGAGAGAGAGGAGGAGAAAAAGAGACACAGCUACUUCGAGAAGCCAAAAGUGGAUGACGAGCCCAUUGAUGUUGACAAAGGACCUGCAUCUGCCAAGGAUUUGAUCAAGUCCAUCAAUGAAAAAUUUUCUGGUUCCACUGGCUGGGAAGGCACUGAAUCGCUGAAGAAGCCAGAGGACAAGAAGCAGCUUGGAGAUUUCUUUGGGAUGUCCAACAGUUAUGCCGAGUGCUACCCAGCCACGAUGGAUGAUAUGGCUGUGGACAGUGACGAGGAGGUGGAUUACAGCAAAAUGGACCAGGGUAACAAGAAGGGCCCCUUAGGCCGCUGGGACUUUGACACCCAAGAGGAAUACAGUGAAUAUAUGAACAACAAAGAGGCAUUGCCCAAAGCCGCAUUCCAGUAUGGCAUCAAGAUGUCUGAAGGGCGGAAAACCAGGCGCUUUAAAGAAACCAAUGACAAAGCAGAACUGGAUCGCCAGUGGAAAAAGAUUAGUGCAAUCAUUGAGAAGAGGAAGAAGAUGGAAGCUGAUGGGGUUGAGGUCAAAAGACCAAAAUACUGAUCUCCAUUAAUGCACAGAAAGAGUCUCUCCAAGGAUGUGUGUCCCAUUGCUCUUUUCCCAGAAAAGUCGCAAGAUUUUUUUUUUUUCAGUGAAUGUUUAUAAACUUUUACUGUGUAAUCAUUUGGCUCCAUUAAAAUUGGUUAUCCUGGGGCCCAAGUGGCAGGGCACAUGUGUGCAUGUGUGGGGCACAGGGAUCGGUCCCUGGCUUCACAUUGCCUGUCUUUCCCCCAGCACUACCGGUUGUGGCCCUAAUGAAUUCUGAACACCUCCAAAAGUAGCCCUCACUAUAAAUAAAUACAUAAAUAAUAAUUAAACCUGC